GUGCGCUCUGAUGGUCGCCCCUUCGCGGAGCGGGAUGGAGGCCAUCUUUUGAGUUUCCAUCUACAAGCAAUAUCGACAAAACUUUAUACCAAAAAAGUAUAUCAGCACGAUGAUGCGAAAUAUGAGGAAGGGGACGCGGCUUGCAGUCGUCACGCUGCAACACUCAAGACGCCAUUUGACUGGACAUACGGCCGCUCCUGGUGCUCGGAAGACUGCCGUUUUGUUUCCGGGCCAGGGUGCUCAGCAUGUAGGAAUGGGUGCAGACAUCUAUGAAAACUUCAAGGCGGCGAGAGACGUCAUAGAUGCAUCUGAUGAAGCGGUUGGAGGAGGAUUGAAGAAGCUCAUGUUCGAAGGACCCCAACAAACAUUAACAUCUACAGAAAAUGCACAGCCAGCAAUUCUGUGUCAUUCAAUAGCUCUUCUAAAAGUUUUGGAGACAGAGUUUGGCUUUGACAUAAAUUCAUGCACCUACGCGUUGGGACACAGUCUUGGUGAAUAUUCUGCCCUGGUGGCGACACAGUCACUUUCGUUGUCGGACGCAAUAAAGCUUGUGCGCCUACGCGGCGAAGCAAUGCACAGAAGUGUAGACAGUGGGAAGACAACUAUGAAAGCCUUAAUUAUAAAUGGAGAUCAUCUGGAGGAUAUCGAGGCGCUGAUGUCAAAAAUUGAGCGAUCCUUACCGGAGGGCGAGGUGGCCCAGAUUGCGAAUAUAAAUAGUCGGUCACAGGUUGUCUUGAGCGGAACCAGCAAAGGCGUCGAUUAUGCUUGUUCAAUAAUUCAAACAAAGGGUUACGCUGGUCGCGCCCUGGGUUUGCCAGUGUCUGCACCGUUUCACUGCGAUUUAAUGCAGCCUGCAGCCGAUGAGAUGAAGCCUGCCUUGGAUGGAGCAUCUUUCAAUGACCCCACGAUAGAGGUGAUCUCUAACGUCACUGGUAUGCCGCUCGGGAACGCCACCGAAAUUCAGAGUCUCCUUCAUCAACAAAUUACAAAAACCGUUCAAUGGCAACGAAGUAUCCGCUACGCAAAAGAUGACGACGUGCAUGACUGGGUGGUUAUUGGUCCUUCCCGGGUCUUGGCCAAUUUGCUAAGAAAAGAAUUCCCUACGGAUGCCAUAAGGGCUGUGGCAACCGCAGAGGACGUUCAACAACAUGGACCCCAUCUAUGCAGGAGAAAGAGAUAAAUUGCCAAAUAUACUGAUAAGCAUAUUAGAAACCACAUCCAUACUGUGCUUGCACAGAAUUGGCCGGUCGACGUCACCCUUUUAUCACAUGGUGGAAUCACCAAAAAGAAUGGUAGAUAUUUCAGACAGCGUAUCUAAUUCAUGCGGCUUUGUGGGCUGUGUGACUGCUGGAUCACCCUCUGGGGUUUCACAUUCGGCCAGGAUUAGGUAUCCGCAGCGUUGCGUCUCCCAGGAUUCAUUACUUCAUCAGCCACGUCCAAUACAAAUUGAAACUAUAGUGACC